GAUUGGUCCUUAAUUAGGUGGUUUACGGACUCGAUCCUUGUGGUUUACGGACUCGGGAAAAAUGCACGUGUCCGAUUGUGAGUGGACCGGGCCGGUUUUGUGUUUCGUAUGGGGUAAAGUGAUUUGGUCAUUUCGACCGAAGCAAAGAAAAAAAAAUUCCUCUCCUCUCUCGACGGCGAUUCUGCGAUUCAUCUCUCUCGGAUCGUCAAGGUUAACUAGAAUGGGACAAUAUAGCUAUAGCCAGCCGUCCUCAUCAUCAGAGGACUUAGACAUAACGUCACUUCUCGAAGCUGAAGCUCAGCUGUACGCGGAUGAAGGUCAGAGUAGCUUCCAUAUGCCAGAGGCGGUUCAGUACCAACCUCAACCUGAGGCCGAUGAUGGAAUCCCGACGAUUUGCUACUGUGGGGCGGAGCCGGUUAUAGCAACCGCCUACACUGGCAAAGAUGCAUGCCGAAGGUACUUCAGCUGCGUCAAUGCGGAUGAUGGAGACUGUCACAUCUGGAAGUGGUGGGAUGUUGCGAUCAUGGAGGAGAUGAGGGAGUUUCAGUCACUGCUAAGGCGGCUUAAGGAAGAAGGUGAGAAGAGUGAGGAGAAGCAGCUACUGCUAGAGAAGAGUGUAGGUGAGCUAGGAAGGGAGAAUUCAUGA